ACUGUGUUCCUGUACCAUCUCCAAGAGGUGAAAAUGCAGCGACCUACGAAGUGUCACCUUACUUCUAAGGAUGUGGAAUACGUGAAUUCGGAAUAUGGAAAGAAUGCUGUGAGACUGAUGUGUAUUAAACGGGAAGGAAAGGUACACUGCAUUAAAGACCUGGAAAUGUCCGUUCAUCUCAGGCUGGACUCCGUGAAUGAAUACCUGCAUGCUGACAAUUGUCAAGUCAUCCCUACAGAUACCAUAAAGAAUACGAUUCAAGCAUUGGCCAAAUGCCAUGGGAUUAAAACAAUAGAGGAGUUUGGGCUUCGCAUCUGUGAACACUUCAUUACAUCCUUUUGCCAUGUCAUAUACUGCAAUGCUUUUAUCCAGGAGGCUCCCUGGCAGCGCCUGCAGAAGGAUUGUAUCCCGCAUGUCCAUGCGUUUAUGUAUAGCUCUGAAGGAAUUAGAUUUUGUGAAGUGGAACAGACUCGGGACGGUACUCCCAUUGUUUUCUCUGGCAUUAAAGAUCUGAAACUUAUGAAAACUACCAUGUCUGGAUUUCAAGGCUUCUUCAAGGAUAAAUAUACCACACUUCCAGAAAGGAACGAACGAGUGCUAUCAGUAGAAACACUAGUCAAGUGGUGCUAUUUGCCAUGCUCAGAAGGGAUUGAUUAUGAUGCUGUAUGGAGAACUGCACAUGGGUGUGUCCUGGAUGCCUUUGCUGGGCCACCUGAAACGGGCCAUUAUUCACCUUCUUAUCAGAAGACGGUCAACUGCAUGCAGGAAUACAUACUGAGUGAAAUUAAAGAGAUUGCAGAGGUGGAAGUGAUCUUAUCCAACAUCCACAACUUACAGGCAGAUCUGUCAGCUCUCGGCUUAUGCAAUGACAAGGAGAUCUUUAUGCCUAUAGAUAUGCCAUUUGGUGCUUGUGCAUCUACACUGCGCAGGAAAAAGGAUCCAGAAACAGAGUGCCACACUCCGCCAGAAUGCAAGCCUUGUCACUCUGUGGGAUGGAAGUCUGGCCGUAGGGUGAACUAAAAAGCCAACUCCCUCGUGAGAACAUCACCUUGAGCAAAAAAAAUAAAAUAUAUUAUCUGAGCAUGCAUUAUUUACUCUGCACUUUUCUUGAUAUCCCGCUAGCUCAAUGUGCAAUUAGAAGUAACAUUUUCAAAGGUAGCCUAAAGGAAAUCAUAUGCUAACAGCAUGAUGAAUUUCUUUCUGUUCCUUUUGAAAAUCAGAGUGAAUAGUAACCCACCAGAAGACAAUGGGUUGAAACCAGGCACAACCAGACUUAUUGUUGAAAUUAAUAGGUCUAAGGUUAGUCACGAGUAGCUUGAAUCCAGUUGAUUUCAUUGGGUUUGUUCUAAGCAUGACUGCGUUUGGAUAUAUCCUAAUGAUUUUGCAGGCUUCCUGAAAAACAGGACUUACCAUGUACAGUUUUUUCAAUUUUGAGUAGCCUCUUGGUGGGUUACCAUUAAAAUAUUAUUUUUGUUUAUAUUGUGACAAUGGCUGCAAUCCUGGUGGCACAAAUGUAUACUGUGCAGGAUGGAUGAUGUCACCAACUCACAACUGAUAACUUUAUUUAAAUUAAUAAUGCCCUAUGUCCCCCGCUUCAAGAUGCUGAGGCUGCCUAGGGAUCCCUUUUGCCCUAGGAAAGCCUUUGGGAUGGUAGGGGUAGCUUUUAAUAUUGGAAAAUUCCCACUGGAUCACUGCUGGAGGUGCCAAUUUGGCACCACAAGUAGCAAUUUUCUAGCACUGAGGCUCCUCCCUGUCCCUGGUGCCCAAAAACGUCCCUAGGGCAAAAGGGAUCUCUAGGGAGGCUCAAGACCUGAAGUGGGAGGAGGAAUAGGACAUUUUAAAUAUAAGUAAAUUAAAAGUAUCUAUCAUCAGAUUAUGAUGUCAUCUGGCUUGCAGAGUAAAAAUGUAUGCCUUUAGGAUUUCAGCCAUUAUGUGCAAUCUCACAGUUCCGAUUGCGUGAUUUCCAAAGGAGCUACGUUACACUGAGCCCUGCUGACUGGGGAUCUGAACUUUUUCCUGUUUAAUAAAUUAUGUAUACAUAAGGCCUAUUUAUCUGCUAAAUGUGAUGAAUAGUAGUAGCAUGGCAUUCUGCAUAUAUGGUGUUAGCUUGGUCAUAAUAGUAAUGACGUUAAUGUUGGCAGAUUGCAAUUUCGGUAACAUGAUGAUGAGUAUCCUAUUCUAGCAUUCUGCUCUUCUGGUACAGAAAUCUGUAUCAUAGGUGGGUAAGCAAAGAGCUGCUGUAUGUCUGCUUAUAUCAUUGGUUGUAAGGCAUGGUGAAGGUUCCUUUGAGCUAUCUUUGUAGACCUAAGUAAAUCUUCUUUAAUAAAUUUCAACCUAUUUUCCCCCAAUUAAUAGUGUCUGGAUUUAUAAGUAAACAGAUUUAAAAACCAAAGCAUGUAUCAGU